AUGUCGUCGCGACUGCCUGACAGAACAGGCUCUAAGCGAAGCCGCUCUCGCUCCCCUUCAUCGUGGCGCCAGCCCCAAAAAUAUCACCGCAAAUACGACGAGAGAGACCGACACCGGGACGGUAGAAAAUGGGAGGAUGGAAACAGUCGACCAUCGCAGCCGCCGGUAAGGAACAUGCGAGACCAGGUGCGUCUCAAUCAGUUACAGGAGGACGAGCAAGUGCGUGAAUGGGUGGCGCAGGAGGACAUGUUUGUUCUCAAGCAAGCGAAAAAGAAGGCCGAGAUCCGCGUCAAAGAGGGUCGUGCGAAACCAAUAGAUUGGCUUACAGUUACUCUGCGAGUUAUUGAUCCAACACGGAAUCCUCUUGACGACGAAAUUGCGGACUCAGAGCUGGAUCUGGUGGACCCCGAUGGUGUUUUCGAAGGGUUAUCUCUGAGUCAAUUACUUGACUUGGAGAAGGAUAUUGAUACAUUCCUGAGCUUGGAGAAGAAUUCACAGAAUAGGGAUUUUUGGAAAACAAUGAAGGUUAUCUGUCGAGAUCGCCAGAAAACGACUGCCCCCGAAGGACGUGCCCUCAGCUCCGUUGCCGCUGACAUCAAUCGACUCUUAAGCCCGAAAACAUACGAGCAACUCGAGACCCUUGAGGUGCAGGUCAGGAAGAAGCUGGACUCUAACGAGCCUAUCGACACCGAUUAUUGGGAGGAGCUUUUGCGCAGCCUGACGGUGUGGAAAGCUCGCGCUAAGGUGAAGAAGGUCCACCAGGCCGUGAUCGAUGAGCGUGUCAGAGGGUUGCGCAAACAACAAUAUGAAGAGGCUGAAUCUAUCCGAACGAAGCUCGCUCCCCUUGCGCCCGUCAUUCAGACCUAUCAGGAACGACCUCAAGAGCUUAGUGAGAAAGAAAUUCGUGAUCUAGAUCCCGAACCAUUGCUCCAGAUUCGUCCAGAGGAUAAAGGGUUGGAAAUAUUGGAUGAAGGGGCUUUUCUCAAUCAAGUCGCACGCGAGCGACAAAAGAUUCUAAAGAUGGGCUUUGUUCCCCUUCGUCUGCGGCAGACGGAGAGACCUUCUGCAGCUUCCGCAAGCCAGACAACGAACAUGUCUGCUGCUACAGCAUCCACCCGCUUCUCAUCGAUUCCCAAUGAGGAUUUCUCGCAAGCGACGAAAGCUCUUUACGAGAGAGAACUUGCUAAAGGAGUCAGUGAAAACGAGGAGAUCUUUACGGGCGAGGAAUCUGUCAGCACGGGUGCGCAACCGCAGUGGGCCAGCAAGUACCGACCUCGCAAGCCGCGGUACUUCAACCGGGUGCAAAUGGGGUAUGAGUGGAACAAGUACAACCAGACGCACUAUGAUCAUGACAAUCCGCCACCAAAAGUUGUCCAGGGCUACAAGUUCAACAUUUUCUACCCCGAUCUUAUCGAUAAAACAAAAGCCCCUACGUACCGCAUUGAACGCGAGCAUGGGCGGAAACGCGGACAAUCAUUUGCUGCUGCUGGCGAAGAGGAUACGUGCCUUAUUCGAUUCAUGGCUGGACCUCCGUACGAAGAUAUCGCAUUCCGGAUCGUAGACAAAGAGUGGGACUAUAGCGCCAAGAGAGAGAGGGGAUUUAAAAGCACGUUUGACAAGGGAAUCCUACAACUUCAUUUUCAGUUCAAGCGAAUCUACUACCGGAAGUGA